AUGGCCGAAAUCACAAGAAACCAGAAGAAGAAGAUCGUCUCCGUCAUUGGAUCCCUCAACAUCGACUUCAUCACUCGAACGCUGAGAAUCCCCGAAGCCGGGGAGACGUUUGCUGCUCGGAGUUUCGAUACGGGGUUUGGAGGGAAAGGGGCGAACCAGGCUGUUGCAGGUAAAUGCAUUCUCUGAACACUUCUCUCGUCGUCGUUCGAUGAGAAAACGGAAAGACAAAGAUCAACUAAAUUGUGGAAUUGUGUAGCCGCUCGACUAGCGGGCGAGGAUGUCUCGGUUCGUAUGAUGGGACAGGUUGGCGAUGAUGGGUUUGGGAAUGACUAUUUUGAAGCGCUGGGACGGGAGGGGAUUGAGAGUUCUGGUGUAAGUGCAUAUUUUUUCUUUUUGGGUUCAGGAGGUGUGUUUGUGUGAAAGAAGCAAACUAAUCAUUUUGGGGUCCAGGUGAGGGAAUUGAAAGGCCAAAAGACUGGGGUUACGAAUAUAAUUGUGGAAGAGGCGAGUGGGGAGAACCGGAUUCUGUUUGUUGCGAAUGCGAAUGAUGCGUAUCCUGAAGAGUAUGGUCCGGAUUGGGAUCUUCUGGUGGCGGAGGAGGAAGGAGGAGGAGGGGAGGUUGUGGUUUUCCAGCUGGAGAUUCCGAUGGAGGUGGUGAGUAUGGAACUGUCCAUGUCUUGUCUGGAUGUCUGGAACUGAUAUGCUUGUGUUAGGUCCUUCACAAUAUGCGGAAAGCUAGAGAAGCUGGUAAACAUGUCAUUCUCAAUCCUGCGCCAGCAGCUCCUUUACCGGAAAGCGCUUUUGAGCAGAUCGACACGCUGGUCAUGAACGAGAGCGAAACCGCCAUCCUGGCCGGGCCACAACAUCAGCCGAAGGACCAAAGCAACGAGACUCUCAUCGCCCUGGCCAAGAAGUUCCUCUCAUGGGGCGUUCGAGACGCGGUCGUCAUUACUCUGGGCGAGAAGGGUCUAGUCUACGCUACAUCGUCCGGAUCCGAAGGCCAUCUCAAUGCGUACAAGGCGAAAGUGGUCGACACCACCGCGGCAGGAGACACUUUCGUAGGAGGCUACGCCGUCCAACGCGUGCGGAAUCUAGCAAGCGGCUUCGACUACACCCAAGCCCUGCAAUUCGCAACGCUCGCCGCGUCGAAAACGGUCGAGAAAGAGGGAGCAAUGGCUGCUAUCCCCUACCUUCGACAACUACAAGUCGGAGCCAUCACGGAUAAGCGCACCAUCGCAGCAGCGGAAUCCAAAAAGUAG